CCGACCACUCCCAACUCCACCUCCUCGGCCCUCUCCACUCCCAUCUCCAAAAAAGUUGCAAUCCGAAGCGGCGGCGAUCGAGCUAGGUCAGAUCCGUGGGGGGCUUGGUGGCUGAUCGGCGAUGGAGAGCGUGGAGAGGGUGUGGGACUCGGGGCGGCGGGCCAGCCGGAGCCUGAGCCGCAGCAUCAGCCGCGGGAUGAACAUGGGCACCUGGGGGAUGGAGGACGUGUUCUCGCGGAACAGCACGCGGGGGCGCUCCGGCGGCAGCCGCAGCGGCGUCGACGACGACGAGGAGGCCCUGCGGUGGGCCGCCCUCGAGAAGCUGCCCACCUACGACCGCCUCCGCACCGGGAUCCUCCGCUCCGCGGCGGCGGAUCCGGGCGAGGAGCGGCGCCAGUACCACCACAGGGAGGUGGACGUGCGCAAGCUGGGCAUCACCGAGCGCCAGGAGUUCAUCGAGCGCGUCUUCAAGGUCGCCGAGGAGGACAAUGAGCGAUUCCUCAAGAAGCUCCGCAAUCGGAUCGACAAGGUCGGCAUCCAGUUACCAACGGUAGAAGUAAGAUUUCAACACCUAAACGUGGAGGCCAACUGCCAUGUCGGAGACAGAGCUCUUCCGACGCUCGCCAAUACAGCCAGAGACAUCGUCGAGUCCUCCCUCUCCCUCUUGGGUAUAAACCUCACCAAGAGAACCACCCUCACGAUCCUGAAGGACGUCUCAGGAAUCGUACAGCCGUCAAGGAUGACACUGUUGUUAGGCCCUCCAUCAUCUGGGAAGACCACCCUUUUGUUAGCUUUGGCCGCGAAGCUUGACCCAACUCUAAAGGUUAGCGGAGAGAUAACUUACAACGGGCACAGGCUGGACGAGUUUGUGCCACAGAAAACUGCAGCAUACAUCAGCCAGAACGACGUCCACGUCGGGGAAAUGACUGUCAAAGAAACUCUCGAUUUCUCGGGAAGGUGCCAAGGAGUAGGAGCCCGAUACGAUCUUCUUUCGGAACUCGCAAGUAGGGAGAAAGAUGCAGGAAUAUUUCCAGAAGCUGAAGUGGAUCUCUUCAUGAAGGCUACAGCGAUUGAAGGAGUGGAGAGCAGUCUUCAAACGGACUACACUCUCAGGAUACUGGGAUUAGACAUUUGCGCCGAUACGAUUGUGGGGGACGAGAUGCACAGAGGCAUUUCAGGAGGUCAAAAGAAGCGAGUCACAACAGGCGAGAUGAUCGUCGGGCCGACCAAGGUGCUGUUCAUGGACGAGAUCUCGACGGGGCUGGACAGCUCGACCACCUACCAAAUCGUGAAAUGCCUGCAGCAAAUCGUCCACCUCGGCGAAGCCACGAUCCUCAUGUCUCUCCUCCAGCCGGCCCCCGAGACCUUCGACCUCUUCGACGACAUCAUCCUCCUCUCCGAGGGCCAGAUCGUCUACCAGGGCCCGCGCGACCACGUCCUCGACUUCUUCACCUCCUGCGGCUUCCGCUGCCCCGAACGGAAAGGCACCGCCGACUUCUUGCAAGAGGUGACGUCGAAGAAGGACCAGGAGCAGUACUGGGCGGACAAGCAGAAGCCAUAUCGCUACAUUUCGGUGUCCGAGUUCGCGCAGCGAUUCCGGAGAUUCCACGUCGGCCUUCGCCUCGAGAACGAGUUGUCCGUCCCCUUCGACAAGGCCCGCAGCCACAAGGCCGCUCUCGUCUUCUCUAGAAAGUCCGUCUCCUACUCGGAGCUGCUCAAGGCCUCGUUCGGAAAGGAGUGGCUUCUCAUCAAGCGCAACUCUUUUGUCUACAUCUCCAAGACCGUUAUGAUUGUCCUGGUGGGGUUCAUAGCCUCGACCGUGUGGCUGAGGCCACGCAUGCACACAAGGAACGAAGACGAUGGGACCGUUUACAUAGGGGCGCUUUUGUUUGGCUUGAUCGUGAAUCUCUUCAAUGGUUUUGCGGAGUUGUCAAUUGCCAUCGAGCGUCUGCCCGUAUUCUACAAGCACAGGGAUCUCCUCUUCUACCCUGCAUGGAUUUUCACCUUGCCCAAUUUUCUCCUUCGGAUACCCAUAUCAAUCUUGGAGACCAUUGUUUGGACUGUUAUGACCUACUACACCAUAGGGUAUGCGCCAGAAGCAAGCAGAUUCUUCAAGCAGAUGCUGCUAAUAUUCUUGAUUCAGCAGUUGGCAGCAGGCAUGUUCAGAAGCAUUGCUGGCCUUUGUAGGUCUAUAAUCAUAUCCAACACCGGCGGGGCACUUUCUGUUCUCAUCAUGUUUGUGCUUGGAGGCUUCAUUCUACCAAAAGGAAUGAUCCCAAAUUGGUGGAUAUGGGGAUAUUGGGUUUCACCGCUUACUUAUGCAUAUAAUGCUUUAGCUGUGAAUGAGUUUUUGUCUCCAAGGUGGAUGAACCAAAAGGUAAAUGGUAUACCACUAGGAACAGCAAUCCUUCAAAAUGUCAAUGUAUUUGCAGAGGGAAGAUGGUAUUGGAUUGGAGCCGCUGGACUUCUUGGGUAUAGCAUCAUCUUCAAUGUCCUAUUUACAGUCUGCCUGAUGUUUUUGAAUCCUAUUGGAAAACCACAAGCUGUUAUAUCUGAAGAAACAGCAAGGGAAAUGGAAGAAGUCGAAGAUGAAGCAAAGGAUUUGCCACGACUGAGAAGGAUGAGCUCUAAGAGUGAGUCUGUACCUCACGCUUUGUCAAAAACGGAUGGGAACAACACCAGUGAAGUUAUGAUGAUGCGAAUGAAUCCUAGUCACUCAAACGGAUAUAAUCGUGAAAUGCCCAUCAAUGCAGUCACGAAUGUUGCUCCUAAGAGAGGAAUGGUUCUUCCAUUUACACCUCUUUCCAUGUCCUUUGACGAAGUCAAUUACUUUGUCGAUAUGCCUCCAGAAAUGAAAGAGCAAGGAGUCACAGAAGAUAGGCUCCAACUGCUAAGAAAUGUGACAGGGACUUUUAGACCAGGGGUCUUAACAGCACUUAUGGGAGUUAGUGGUGCUGGUAAAACCACCCUCAUGGAUGUUCUGGCUGGAAGAAAGACUGGUGGCUACAUUGAGGGAGACAUCACUAUCUCAGGGUACCCAAAGAAACAAGAGACUUUUGCAAGGAUUUCUGGUUACUGUGAGCAAAAUGAUAUCCACUCACCUCAGGUGACAGUCCAAGAAUCCUUGAUAUUUUCUGCUUUUCUCCGCCUUCCACAAGAAGUCACUGUUGAAGAAAAAAUGAAAUUUGUUGAUGAAGUGAUGGACCUAGUUGAGCUUGACAACCUGAAAGAUGCCAUAGUGGGUCUUCCAGGAAUCACAGGGCUUUCCACUGAACAAAGAAAGAGACUGACAAUAGCAGUAGAGCUUGUUGCUAAUCCUUCUAUCAUCUUCAUGGAUGAACCGACAUCUGGUCUUGAUGCAAGAGCUGCAGCCAUUGUCAUGAGAACUGUGAGGAACACAGUUGACACUGGAAGAACUGUUGUUUGCACAAUCCACCAACCAAGUAUAGAUAUAUUUGAGGCGUUUGACGAGCUUCUGCUAAUGAAAAGAGGUGGGCAAGUGAUAUACUCUGGACCUUUGGGGAUAAAUUCUCACGAGAUAAUCAAAUACUUUGAGGCAAUUCCCGGAGUUCCAAAAAUCAAGGACAAAUAUAAUCCUGCGACAUGGAUGCUUGAAGUUAGUUCAGUUGCUGCCGAAGUACGUUUGGGAAUGGAUUUUGCUGAGUAUUACAAGUCAUCAAAUCUAUUCCAGCGCAACAAAGCAUUAGUGAAUGAGCUCAAUAAACCAGCAGCAGGAACAAGCGAUCUAUAUUUCCCUACAAAGUAUUCACAAUCAUCAUGGGGACAGUUCAAAGCCUGUGUCUGGAAGCAGUGGUGGACUUACUGGAGAAGCCCUGAUUAUAACCUUGUCAGAUUUUUCUUCACCUUGGUCACUGCUGUACUGUUAGGGACCAUAUUCUGGAGGAUUGGCCUUAAAAGGGAGGAUUCUAACAGUCUUAGAAUCGUCAUUGGAGCCAUGUAUGCUGCAGUUAUGUUUGUUGGUGUUAAUAACUGUGGGACUGUGCAACCACUUGUGUCAAUCGAGAGGACUGUCUUUUAUCGGGAACGGGCAGCUGGAAUGUACUCCGCCUUACCAUAUGCUCUAGCUCAGGUGCUUGUGGAAAUACCAUAUGUGGUAGUUCAGGCGAUGUACUAUGCUCUUAUCGUAUACUCCAUGAUGAGCUUCCAAUGGACUGCAGCAAAAUUCUUCUGGUUCUACUUCAUUUCCUUCUUCUCUUUCCUAUACUUCACUUACUAUGGAAUGAUGACCGUCUCUCUCACACCAAAUCAUCAAGUUGCUGCAAUCCUUGCUGCCACAUUCUACUCCGUCUUCAAUCUCUUCUCCGGCUUUUUCAUUCCUCGACCAAGAAUUCCCAAAUGGUGGGUCUGGUACUACUGGAUUUGCCCACUUCAAUGGACUGUUUAUGGACUCAUAGUGACACAAUAUGGUGAUUUGGAACAUGACUUCGAUGUGAUAGGAUCAGGUCAACUUCAACGUCAAAGGAUCAAAGACUAUAUCAAGGACUACUAUGGAUACAACACUGACUUCAUGCCUAUUGUUGCCACCGUGCUAGUUGGCUUUGCUGUCUUCUUCGCUUUCAUGUUUGCAUUCUGUAUCAAGAAGUUGAACUUCCAGCAGAGGUAGGAGAUGCAAAUAGGAAUUAGCAGACCAAAAAAAAAUUAAGAUUUAGCGAGCAGCGGAUGGUGACUAGAGGGUCAACCUUUUUUCAUCGAAGGUCAGGAACCAAAGAUCUCAGGAUUAUGUAGGUGCUUAAUUCUUUUCUUCUGCUAUUGCUGUAGAUAUACACAGUGCAAUUAGACAUGAUUACAAGGCAUCUAGACUCUAGAGUAAUUAAAGCACACUUGUCAUCGCUGUGAAUAGUAUUAUUUGGAUAAUAAAGAAAGAUCUUCUCAUGUCUUAUAUUUGA